GAAUCGUCCACCGACUCCGCCCUCCUCAUCAUUGCCGGUCAGCCAUCACUAUCACCCGAUGAUCCCGAUCAACGCCGACGUCGCGCCGUCACCAUACUCGACCUACCUCGAUGAGAUGAAGCAUGUGCCGGUCGGGCGGCAGGUGGUUCGGAUCUUUAGCGCAAAGAAGACGCUGCGGACACCCAUAGCGGUGCUCUCGGUAAUCGAGAAGGCCGAGCGAAGCGGGACUGGAAAGGUCCCCAAGGCCAAGAAGCCUGUGUCCGGACGCAAGAAGAAGAAGGCGGCGGCGACGGCGACGGGCAAGAAGGAGUUCGACGAUCCGGGCUUUGACGCCCGUUCCGAGCUCGGAAUUGGGCCGAACGGCUCGCCAGGGACCGGGGCCUGUGGGAAACUGCUUCGGCAGCUCAAGUCGCCGUAUCUCGCAAAGUUCCCGCUCUCGCCCUCGACCAACCUCCAGUCGGUGGUGGCUUCGGAGGCAGCCGCCGUGGCCCUCAAGAAACAAAAGGGCGGUGCCAAGAUUGCUCAUGCCACCGGGUUUGCCCAGCGCCAAAUCAGCGGCAUGUUCAUUCCAACGGGCGACCUGGAGCUCGACGAGAAGACCCGCGAGAUCGAGAACAGACGGCGGAAGCCGCCAGUGGACCAGACCUUGCGACUUUCGGGCGAACAGCUGCUCAAGAUGAUCGAGCACCGAGGUUCCAAGGUGUCCAAGCCGUGACACGAAGGGAAGAGGUCUUGUAUGAGGAUGCAGUCCUUGAUGCCAAGCGCCAAGCGACUGGCGAAUGGACAAAUACAACUCGCACAGCCGCGGCGAGGGCGAUUGCAAAGUUGCUUGCCGCUGUGACUGCGAGCGGAGAGUGUUGUCGUAUGUAUGCGUUCAGGUACCAGGAAACAGCCCG